AUGGCCUCAACCUCUACAAGUAAGGGCACCCGAAAAACUUAUAGUUUUGAAGAGAGAGAAAUACUUGUGAACUUGAUUUAUAAAUACCUGAGUGACAACGAAGAGGAGAAACUUACCGAAGGUAAUGUUGCUAGCGGUGGAAAACGAAAAUCAGUGUGGUCCGAGAUAACUGAAGAAUACAAUUCUCUGGUGAGUCCAGAAAAUGCGAGAUCCUCUUUGCAGCUCAGGCGAUGUUGGGAAAAUAUGAAAGCUAACAAGAAGAAUCGUGAUGACAAAAAGGUCAAUGAAAAACCAAGCGUUGACGACGCUCAAGGUCAACUGCCAAAUUCCGCACAACUUCCACCAAAUGUCGUCUUUCAGCCAAAGGAAUCGGAGCCAUUCGCUUUCGAAGGAAUAAUGCCACCCACAGAUCAUACAUUUAACGAUUCAAAAGUUGACGUGGAAGAAGAGCUACAGAACAAUGACCAGAAAGUAGCGAAUGAUGGAUCGGCAGAAGAUAAUGUUCCAGUAGCUUUGAAUAUAAAAAGGAAAGUGAAAUCGUCAAAAACACCGGUAAAGCAGAAGGUUCCAAAGAUAAGUCAAAUUAAUUCCAGUAACCAGCUGAAUGAGUUUGCUAUUUUGGAGGCACAAUUAAGAUUGGAUACAGCUGCUUUGUUGAAAGAAGAGGCUAAAUUGAAACUCAAGGAAGCCCAGUUCAAGCAAGAGGAAGCUCGUUUACGCAUGGUUUGCGCGUCCUACAAAUUACAAAAAUUAAAGGAAGACUACGCUGAUUGCGUCGACUGUGUAAUUGAGGAGAAAGAAGAAGAUGAAACAUAAAUUUUUUGUUUAUUAUUGAAGUUACUAUAAUUGAUGUACAUAUAAAAUUAGACUAAGUUAAUAUUUAUUGUAAUUUCUUAA